AUGCCGCAUGGAAAUCCCUUCCCUGACCGCGGAUUUGCAGAGAGGACCGGCGAGAACCCGAUAGGUCACGCAUCUUGUACAGAUUCCACACCGCCUGUCUUCUUUGAUGGGGUACUCUGCGCUCGCCGCUGUCUCCGAAAGCAUUCCGAGCUCAACGACGUUGCUCCUUCCAACCACGAGUUCAGCACUGGUGCUCCUUUCCCACGCGUGCUCGUCAACAACGCUGCAUCCGAGUACGAGCCAAACGAUGAAGCUGCAUCCGAGUGCAAGUUUAGCACUGGUGCUCCUUCCCAGCACGAGUACGAUUUCAUCAAUUCGGAGACGCAUGAGCCCGUCAUUAUUUACACUGAUUCGGACUUGCCACCGACACCAUCAUCCCAACCGACGAUACCGAGUCGGCCUGCACGCGUAAGCACAGCAUCAAAGUGUCAUGCUGAACGUUCGUGA